CUUGCGUCAGAGCUCACCGUCCUGCUAUAAAAGCACAGGCUGCUGCAGCGGCAGGCAGUCGAGGCUUAAACCUGAGCCCCUCGUACACCUCCACACUCACACACAUACACAAAGAGGAGAGGGAGAGCAGCCUGUCCUCCCACCACUCAGCCAUGAGUAGCAUCGGAUAUGACCCCUACUACUCCACCUCGUCAUACAGACGCUGGUAUGUUGAGGCUCCCCCUCGUGUCGUGGUGACCCGAGGGAGGACCCACUCCGUCUACUCCUCCCAUGCUUCCCCGCUGUCCUCCCGUCUGCAGUACUCCUCUCCCGGCCGGGUGCUGCUCUCCUCCUCCUCACCAGCCUCCUCCCUGGAGCUGGAGCUCAGCCAGGCCGCUCAGAUCAGCUCUGAGUUCCGCACGGUGCGCACCCAAGAGCGCAGCCAGCUGCAGGAACUCAACGACCGCUUUGCUGGCUUCAUCGAGAGGGUACGUGAGCUGGAGCAGCAGAACCGUGCUUUGGAAGCAGAGCUGCUGCUGCUGAGGCAGAAGCACACUGAGCCGUCCCGCCUGAGAGCACUUUAUGAGCAAGAGGCCCGCUCCCUGAGAGCUGCCGUGGAUGAAGCCAGGGCAGAACAACAGGCCGUCCUGGGACAGAGAGAGCGACUGGAACAAACCUUGAGCGCCUUGCAAGGUCGAUAUGAGGAGGAGGUGCUGGCUCGUGAAGAGGCUGAGGGCAGGCUGAUGGACGCCCGCCGUGAGGCCGACCAGGCUGCCUUAGCUAAGGCCGAACUGGAGAAGAGUGUGGAAACUCUGCUGGAGGAGCUGGCCUUCCUCAAGAGGAUUCAUGAAGGCGAGGUGGUUGAGCUCCAGGCCCAAGUCCAGCUGGGCGUCCAGGUGGCGGUAGAGUCUGAGGCUGCAACUCCAGACCUCUCCGGGGCUCUCAGGGACAUCCGGUCCCAGUAUGAAAGGCUGGCGGCAAGAAAUAUGCAGGCGGCAGAGGAAUGGUUCAGAGGAAAGGUGGGCUCCAUGACUGAAACUGUGGCCCAGCACAGUGACGCCGUGAGAAGCUCCAAGGACGAAGCAGGAGAGUACCGGCGCCAGCUGCAGACACGUCUGCUGGAGAUCGAUGCCUGCAGAGGCCUCAAUGAAUCCCUGGAGAAGCAGCUGCAUGAGAUGGAGGACAAGCAGAGAGCUGAGAUUGAUGCUAUGCAGGACACCAUUGCAGAGCUGGAGAGUGAGCUGAGGGGCACCAAACAGGAAAUGGCACGCUACCUGAAAGAGUACCAGGACCUCCUGAAUGUCAAGAUGGCUCUGGACAUUGAGAUUGCUGCAUACAGGAAGCUGCUGGAAGGGGAGGAGUCUCGCUUCAGUGUGGGAGUUCCAGGAGGUGUGUCCUCUCUGUACAGCCACAGUUUCUCCGCACCCUCCUUCACCCGGCCCGUCCUCACCAGCAUGAGCUCUGGCACCUCCUACCUGAUGACAUCACGCCUGCUCAGCUCCAGCGUCAGCACCACCGAGGGGAUCAUCUCUGCCAGCCAGGCCCAGCAGGCAGAGGCCAGCCCACCAGGGGAAGAGGAGGAAGAGGAGGCAGUGGAGGCUGAGGAGGAGGUGAAGGAGGAAGAGGAGGAGAAGGAAGAAGAGGAGGGAGGAGAGGAGACAAAGGAGGAGGAAGAAGAGAAGGAAGAGGAAGAGGGAGGAGAGGAGGGGGGAGAUGAAGAGAAAGAAGAUGAGGAGGAGGCCAAGGAGGAAGAUGAGGAGGCCAAGGAGGGAGAAGAGGGUGGUGAUGAGGAGCAGCAAACAGAAGAGGUGACAGAGGAGGCCACUGAAGAGGAGGGAGAGAAGGAGGACAAAGGAGGAGAAGAAGAGGAGGCUGAGGUUACAGAAGAAACACAAGAGGAGGUGAAAACAGAAGGUGAUGACAAAGAGGAGGAUGCAAAAGAAGAAGAAAAAGAAGAGAAGGAAGAAGCAAAGAAAAGUGAAGAGAAAGAAGACAAAGCUGAUUCCAAAAAGGACGACAAAGCCGAUGACAAGAAAGACGACAAAGCUGAUGACAAGAAAGACGACAAAGCUGAUGACAAGAAAGACGACAAAGAAGACAAAGAUGACAAAGAUGACAAAGCCGACGACAAAGAUGAGACACCUGCUCCGAAAACAGAUGACAAAGCUGACGCCAAAAAGGAGAAAGAUGAAAUAAAAGCAGCCAAACCUGAAGCUACCGAAGAAAAGAGCACAAAGGAUAAAAAAUAGCAAACUUCAGUCAAGACUGUCCAUUUGCUCAAUAACCUGUAGGGGCAUCUACGCUCUCCUCUGAAAAUCUGCUUGUUAACAUGGUGCUCAAUAAAACAGUCCAAUAGCCAUUUACAGCAACAAAUCAAGGUUAACCGCUUGCCAAUAUCCAGAGUAGUCCAUGAAGGUCUGGUUGCACACUCUCUGAUGAGUGUAAUAUGUGUAAUUGCUGAAUUGCUGAAUGCCAAAGUGAGUGUGUGAAUUUUUGGUGGUAAAUAAACACCUCUUAAAGCCAUGUGUUUCAUUGAUUUUUAGCUUGGCAAGUAGAUAAGAGACAGCGAUUUACAGCACAAGCCUCUUGUUGAGAAAUGUAAGCAUGUGUUAUUCACAAGAUGAUCAGACGA